UAAAAAACAUAAAAUCAAUGGCGUCAAAAUGAAGAUGUAGUAUUCCAGUGAAUAAAAUAAGUUUAGUCCACUUUACUUUCUUCUACGAAUAUUUCCAGGUGAGGUCAGGUGAAAGAGGAGGAGCCACACACGAGAGGAACAGGAAAAGAACCGAAGAACACUUGAACAUGAACAGGCGACACCCUUUAUAACAGGACAGAAAAUAACAAUGGAAAGAUUCGUUAUGUUCUAUUCUUAUUAAGUUGCUGAUUGAAUUGGGAGCAUGUUGUGUUAUCCUAAAUAGGGGCUAAAUAGAAAAGGGAAGCGAAACAAGCUCCUUUUACUGCACUUAAAAACCAAGUCUGAACUUGCUGGCACAGACCAGGAUUUAUCACGCAGAUGGCGCAGCAAGAAGAGCCUCUUUAUGACUUCCCUGAGCCCACCCAGACAUCAGAGUGCAAGUUCUCAGGCCACCAAAGAGCAUGUGGAUCCCUGAGGAGCAUCAGUGUACUGGACCGGCUUUUGUUGACGGUCCCUGUGUGGCUCCAGCUGUCAAUCAACCCUGCCACUGCCCUCCAUAUACUGCAAAGGGAGCCUCCAGGGACAUUCUUGGUGCGCAAGUCUCGCACAUCCAAAAGAAAUGUCCUGUGUGUGCGCCUGGUGGAUGAAAGCGUGCCAUCCUUUGUGCAGCAGUUUGGCAUCAGGGACGAACAUUCAACUCUGUCUCUGGAGACAUCGGCCAUCAGCUUCCCAGAUCUCCCAAGACUAAUUUCAUUCUACUGUGUCAGCAGAGAUGUAUUACCGUUCCCUCUGGAGCUUCCCGAAGCCAUCGCCAGGGCAACCUCUCACAAAGAGCUCGAGUCCAUCUCUCAUAUGGGAGUAGAAUUCUGGAGCUCACACCUGAAUGUCCGUGGCCCACGAGAGGCCCCAAAGACCCAGAAGAACAAGGAGAUGACCCCAGACUCUCCCGUCUCAGCCCCACCCACUGCUAACUCACAAACAAUCCCAACAUCCCAACUGAAUUCCGCCCCUCAGCCCGACACAGAACUUAAAACCAUUCCAGAAUCGGACCCCAAUUCCGCCCUGUUCCGCGAGUUCUGCCCGAUCGAGACGCGUAGCCCCAGAGAGUUGGACUGCGGUUCGGGCCUGGGCGCUCUCUGCUUCAUCAACCCUCUCUUCUUGCAGUCUCACAGUACCCUGUCAAAACGGCGCAUGAUGAAACGCAGCUUCAAGGUCCGGGUGUCCACCGAGACAUCCACUCUGCUGUCGCCUCCACUCGCUCCACCACCCCCGCCUCCCUUGAUGCCCAAAACUAAAGCAAAAUGUAAAGCUUUGAAGCAGACUGGGUCUCAGAACAUCAUACAGAACUCCCCUGAGGAGGCUCAGGAACAGGGUCAAACACUUAUGGAAGCUGCACAACUCCCAAUAGUGGCGAACCAUCCACCUGACGACACAGACUACAUGCAGCCGCCCCCAGCCAUCACAUCCUGCAUUUCUCCCUCUCUCUCUCCUUAUCUAGCACCACCCCUUCCUCCCAAAAUGUCAUCUUCCCUUCAAAACCCUUCCGGCACUUCUUCAGCCACUGACUAUCAAUUUCCAUCACUUUCACCCCAGGCUCCUAGUGCUUCACUUUCUCCCUAUGAGUCCCCAUCUUCUUCCCCCUUCUCUCUGUCACCAUUCUUUUCUCCAACCUUGUCUCAGCUGGCAGAGACUCGGCAAAAAUCACCCGAUUCAACAGGAACUCCAAAGCAAAGCCUAGAGAUGGUUUCCAAGGUGGAAAUAAACGAGUCCGAUCAAAUGGAGGAGCUACCCAAAGAAAUGGAAGCAGCUACAGUGGAUGACACAAGCAGUUGUAGUUCCUUCGAUAGCCGCAGAGAGGCAGCAGAGACGCCACGGCAGACUGCAGUACAACCAAGCAAUGACACUGUAAAUGUUACUGGAGGCAUUAAUUAUACACAGUGACAGUAUUCCACAAUAGUGUAAUGUGAAUAAUUUAAAUGCGGAAGCUACAAUUUGGGCCUUAUACACAGUCAUGGCAAAUAUUAGACCGCCAUUAUUUCCUUUUCAUUUUAAAGCCACGCACAACUAAAGGUACCUUUGUUUGGACAAAUAUAAUGCCAUAGCUAUUGAUGUAAGAACUUGAACUGAUUUUGGUGAACAAAACCACAAAAUGGCUGGGUAUAAUCUCUUAAAACAAGCUAUUUUUGUUGUAUUUGCAGAAACAAAUAUACCUUCAGUUGCACCAGGUAUUAUGUAAGUGAGUAACAUAAGCAAUAUGCACAAAAGUUUUUUUUUUUUUUUAAUCAAAUAUUUUAUUUUGGAACAUAUUUUCUGUCUCAGAUGCUCAAUAUUUGAAUGCUGUCCAAGUUAUUUCUAUCUACUGAAUCAGGUAAAAAUGUUUUGAUAUCCAAAAUGAAGAAAUUGCAGUAUUUUAACUUGUGAAAUCAACAAAAAUAGACAAGUUGUAUCAAUGCGUGUGUUUGAGCUUAUCAUGGACAGCAGGAGCAUAUCGAGGAACUGUUUUGUUGCGUCAACAAGUAGACAUUUGUCAGCAUUGAAAUGAAUGAAAUAUUACCAGAGUGAACAAGCGAUGUGGUUUUGUCUACAGUAGAUUUAAUACAUGAGGCUUUUAGUGACAUGUGAGUUAGUUGUAAGAGGACUAAUCUAAGAAGCCACUGAAAUCUAAUUGGAUUCUCAAAGAAGAAACGGCCAUCAACACCAACAGGAACAAUCUACUUUGCUCAACUCCAAGAGGUCUGCUUCUAGUUUGUCGUCGUCUUGGAAGCGCUCGGUGAAGGAUUGAAUCAAGCCUGAUGCGCUGCCUUCGUAUUCCACCAGCUCUACGCUCUCCUCUGGGGUACACAAAGACACAGAUGCUAAUUAAUGUCAUGUGUUUUGUGUUUGUUGUUAGUGAAGGCCCACGUAAA